AUGGCAGGGGGCAGAGCUGCAUGUUUAUUGUACCUGUGCUGCUUUUGGGCAACUACACUUAGCCUGCCCACUCCAGCCAUUGAAGAUCACGACGUGGACGGGGGACGAGACCUCGACAUAUUCGACAUUAACGAAGCGGCCGGCUUGAAUCUGGCAGAGGGAGACAUUGUACUGGACGAGAAACAAACAAGGAAUUCUAUCAUUGGAGAAGAAUAUAGGUGGCCAAGGACAGUGCCUUACUACAUGGAGGACGACUUGGAAAUCAAUGCCAAAGGUGUAAUCUUGAAGGCGUUCGAGCAAUACCGACUCAAGACAUGCAUCGACUUUCAGCCUUGGAGUGGGGAGCAGAACUAUAUCUCCAUCUUUAAAGGAAGCGGUUGCUUUUCGUCCGUGGGUAAUCGACAUGUGGGGAAGCAGAGGUUGUCCAUAGGCACCAACUGUGACCGCAUCGCCACCAUAGAGCAUGAGUUUCUCCACGCGCUGGGCUUCUGGCACGAGCAGUCCAGGUCGGACCGUGACGACUACGUGGAGAUUAUGUGGGACCGCAUCUCUGAAGGUCGAGAGCACAACUUCAACACGUACAACGACACCACGUCCAACUCCCUGGGAGUUCCCUACGACUACGGCUCCAUGAUGCACUACAGCAAGACGGCCUUCCGCAACGGCACCGAGCCCACCAUCGUCACCAAGAUUGCGGCCUUCAGCGACGUGAUUGGUCAACGCAUGGAAUUUAGCGACAGUGACCUGCUCAAGCUCAGCCGCCUCUACAACUGCACUAAGGCCUCCACCUUCCUGGACUCGUGUGACUUUGAGCGAGAGAAUAUCUGUGGGAUGAUCCAAGGACCUGGAGACACAGCGGACUGGACCCGGGUCUCCGCAGCCGCUGGAGGUCCCACCACCGACUACUCCAACCUGGGCAAAUGUACAGGUUCUGGCUUCUUCAUGCAUUUUGACACGGCUUCGUCCAAAACUGGAGACCGUGCCUUGUUGGAGAGCCGCCUGCUGUACCCAAAGAGAGGCUUCCAGUGCCUGCAGUUCUUCUUCUACAACAGCGCCAGCUCCGAGGACACGCUCAAGAUCUACGUCCGGGAAUACGACAAGGAGCAUCCCAACGGACAGCUCCGCCUGGUCGCCACCAUCGACGGUCCCCCGCAGGAUCUCUGGCAGUUGCACCACGUAAGUUUGGACGUAAAGAAAAAAUUCCGAGUGGUUUUCGAAGGCACCAGAGAGAGAGUGGGAGCCACACCUGCAGGCGGUAUGUCGCUGGAUGACAUCAACCUGUCCGAGACCACCUGCCCCGAGUUCGUCUGGAGAGUGCAGAACUUCAGCCACGUCAUGGACACCGUGGCGGAGGACAAGGCCAUCUUCAGCCCCCCCUUCACUUCCAAGGAGGGCUACUCUUUCCAGAUGAAGCUGUACCCCAACGGGAAAGCCGGAAACCCCGGGGAGCUGUCGGCCUACGCCAACCUGGUGUCACGCCCGGGCGACACGGGGCAGAAGUGGCCGUGUCCAUGGAAACAGAUGACCAUGAUGCUUAUGGACCAGAACCCGCACAUCCAGAAGAGAAUGUCCAAUCAAAGAAGUGUGACCACCGACCCCAACAAAAAGACAACUUCGGGUCAGUUAUUCUGGGAUGAUCCGUGUAAAGUGGGUAAAGAGGUGCCGGCCCCCGAUGGGACCAAGUAUUGCCGUGGGCCUGGAUCUGGGACCGCGGCGUACCUGACCCACCUCCGUGCCAGGAGCCGGGACUUCAUCAAAGGAGGCGAUGCCAUCUUUCUGCUCACCAUGGAGGACGUGGCCCAUUUGACCGUGUCGCAGCCCAUUCCACCGACCACCGCGGGACCCCCCACCACCACCGCCGCCACCACCAACGGCACCACGCCCGACCUGUGCGGGAGCGUGCUGUGUUUGAACCAGGGCGUGUGCGUGAUGGAGGAGGCCGCCCCCGUGUGCAGGUGUGCGGUGGGCGAUGACUGGUGGUACUACGGGGACAGCUGUCAGUAUGAGGGCUCCCAGCAGGCGUCGACCAACCUGGUCCUGGCCUCGUCUCUGGGCGUGUUGGGAGCCAUGCUGGUGGUCACUGUGGUCAGUGUGGUCUGCGUCAGGAAAAAGUACAAGAAGAAAAGUGACAACAACAUGGUCUUGGAAAACGUGAAUGCGGAUAAAGCAACAUGA